AAACAAGUUGCUAGUCAGGAAAGAUUAUGAAGUCAUAAUACAUUCCCAUGCUGGUUUACUGAGGCUUUGAGCUUAGAGCAAAAUGGAACAAAAAUAUGCUUUACUCAACCAAGGAGAGGAUAAUGAAAUGGAUGUCACUGGAUACAGAACAGAGAGAUGGCGACAGAUCUUGUGUAUUAUUGGGUAUAUCUUUUCUCUUGGGUUUCUUCCACUCCUGUUCUAUUGGAAGCCAGAGAUAAGUGUAUGGUGCAAAUGUACCCCAUGCAGUUUGGAUAAAGCUGAUGUUAUACUGUUCCGGACCACAGAUGAAUACAAACAAUACUUUAAAAAGAAGGUAUCCGUUAUUUAUCCAUCCUUACAAGGAGCAAAGCCUGAUCAAGUGAUUGCUGAUCAAAAUUCCAUUAUAAGUAAAUGUUUAAUGAAGUCCAAAGGCAAGAUACGCUGUGUAAAAGUGCAGAAAAUACAUUGUGUUUGGGAUGCUUCAGAAAGCCAAUUUAGGAAAAUAGGGAUUCUGGAUGAAGGUCUCUCCUGUUCAGACAUUCACACCAAAUAUGGAUCAGGCUUAUCCAACGAAGAGCAGAGCCUUAGGAAACAAAUGUGUGGUCUAAACAAAAUUGAAGUGAAGAUUAUUCCCAUUUGGAAACUGUUGUUUAAGGAGAUUUUCAACCCAUUUUAUGUUUUUCAAGCCUACUCUUUAUCUAUUUGGAUAGCAACAAACUAUCUUGAAUACUCCAUGGCUAUUCUACUGAUGACAGCGAUGUCCAUAAUUGCAACUGUAUAUAAUCUGAGAGUGCAAUCAAUCAAAUUACAUAAAAUGGCUGAAUCGUAUAACAGUAUUAUGGUUACUAUGCUUCAAAAAAAUGGAGAAAUCAAAGAAGUUGAAUCACAGUCACUGGUCCCAGGAGAUGUCAUUGUAUUGUCUGAAAACAAGCUUUUCUUACCCUGUGAUGCCAUAUUAAUUAGUGGAGGGUGCACUGUAAAUGAAGGCAUGUUAACAGGAGAGAGUAUUCCAGUGACAAAGACCCCUCUACCUAACAUAGACAACUCUGUACCAUGGAAAAUCCACUGUGGGGAUGACUAUAAGAAACAUGUCUUAUUUUGUGGAACCCAACUCAUCCAGACAAAGCCACAUGGCAAGGAUCUGGUCAAAGCAGUUGUGCUACAAACAGGAUUUAAUACUGCAAAAGGUGACCUUGUGAGAGCCAUUCUGUACAACAAGCCUAUUAGCGUCAAACUACACAAACAAGCGCUUCGAUUUCUCGUUGUACUUGUAUUUAUUGCCCUGGCCGCAGCUACCUACACAGCGGUUGUUUACUCAAUUAAUGGGGCCAGUGUACAUGACACGGUGCUUAUGACAUUGCUGAUGAUCACGGCAGCAGUGAAUGCAGCCCUGCCUGCUGCUUUGACAUUGGGGCUUUUGUAUGCUCAAACAAGGCUAAAGAAAAAGGGUAUUUUUUGUAUUAGCCCUCAGAGGAUUAAUAUGGCUGGACAACUAAAUCUGGUCUGUUUUGAUAAGACAGGCACUUUGACCGAAGACGCCUUAGAUUUAUAUGGGCUUCUUCCAUGUGAAGGAAGUUGUUUUCAGAAAAUGCAUCAAUUUUCUUCUGGCAACACCCUGCAUUGGGGUCAUCUGCUUGGUGCCAUGGCUAGCUGCCAUUCACUCAUCAUACUGGAGGGUAAAAUACAUGGAGAUCCUCUGGAAUUGAAGAUGUUUGAAGGAACAAACUGGGAACUUGAAGGCUACAUCCCGUGCAGUCAAAAAGAUGGAACAUCCGCUUCAUGUACAAUGGUAAAACCAGGACUCAAGGCUAAUAAGGUCCCUGUGGAAGGAAUCUCCAUUCUGCAUCAGUUCCCUUUCUCCUCCACGGUGCAGCGCAUGUCUGUUAUCACACAAGCUAUAGGACUGCCUGGCCUUACACUGUAUUUAAAGGGAGCUCCAGAGGCGGUUGUCCGCUAUUGUAAACCAGAAACAGUUCCACACGAUUUUUCGGAGAGACUUGACUUCUAUACAACACAAGGUUUCCGAGUGAUAGGACUGGCCUAUCGAUCAAUAGACAUUGACUUUCAAGAGUUGGAACACUUACAAAGGGAGGAUAUGGAAUGUGACCUAACAUUCCUGGGGUUCUUGAUCAUGGAAAAUCGCCUUAAACCAGAGACAAGUGCAGUGCUGCAGGAGCUGACCACAGCUAACAUUAGGACUGUAAUGGUCACAGGUGAUAAUCUCCAAACAGCUCUGACAGUUGGAAAGAAUUGCGGCAUAAUUCCCACUGAUGGACAGAUUAUUUUAAUAGAAGCUACUGAAAGUACAGAAGGUGUACCACCAUCGAUUACGUGGCGACCUCUGUGCGAAAUGCAAGCAAGCAGAGUUCAAACAAAAAAGAUCCAUAUUGAUCGUAGAGGUGACCAGUUAUUUUAUCCCACUACAUGUGGAAACUUUCACUUUGCAAUGAAUGGGAAAUCCUACCAAGUCAUUGUGCAACAUUUCUAUGACCUUCUUCCAAAGAUACUUCUGAAUGGUACCAUUUUUGCUAGAAUGACACCACGGCAAAAAUCAAACCUUAUUGAAGAACUUCAAAAAAUAGAUUUUUAUGUUGGAAUGUGUGGAGAUGGUGCAAAUGAUUGUGGGGCACUUAAGGUGGCUCACGCUGGAAUUUCUUUAUCAGAACUGGAGGCAUCUGUUGCAUCCCCUUUUACUUCAAAAAUUCCGAAUAUUGAAUGUGUACCAAUGCUAAUCAAGGAAGGACGGAAUGCUCUUGUCACUUCCUUCGCGAUGUUUAAAUUUAUGACUAUGUUUAUCCUGAUUGGACUGUUUUGCAUAGUGCUCCUGUUUUGGAGACAAAAACUUCUUGGUAACUACCAGUACCUUAUGCAAGACUUGGCUAUCAACAUUACAUUUGCCUUAACAUUGGGAUUAAAUGGCCCAGCCCCAAAACUGGCUCCAUAUAGACCAUCAGGACAUCUUCUGUCGCCUCCUCUUCUACUAUCUGUUUUUCUGCAUUUUAUUUUCACUGCUAUGGCACAGACGACAAUAUUUGUCUUACUGUUGCAGCAGCCAUGGUAUAGUGAAACUGAUGUCUUCAGUGCCUGUCUUCCAUUAAACCACACUACAGCAAAUGUUACUACAAGAGAACCUAGAUUUGCUGAGAACUUUUUAACCGCUACCAUGUUUCCUGUAACAGGAUUUAACCUUAUCACAAUUGGAUUUGUUUUCAGCAAAGGAAAGCCAUUUAGACAGCCUCUGUAUACUAACUAUUGGCUUUUACUUUUAGUAAUCUUCCAAGUUGCAUCCUAUUUAUUUCUGCUUUUUGCAGAUUUUGAAGUUGUGUACUAUGCCAUGGAGCUUGUUUGCACACCAUAUGCCUGGAGAGUCCAUAUCUUCAUUACAAUGCUUGUUCAUUUUGUUGUAUCAUAUGCUGUGGAGGAAGGAUUCAUUGAAAACAGAAUGCUCUGGCUGAAAAUAAAGAAGAUAUUUAACUAUAAAUCAAAAAGCCAAUAUAGAAAACUACAACGGAUGCUAGAGAAUUGUCCAAAUUGGCCUCCUCUAAACAAAACAGACUAUGCAACCAAGUCUGUCUCUACAAUGAAUGGCAGGUUCAUGAUUUGUAAUGAAACUGUUCACCAGAUCCCUAUGGUAGAUAUCAAAGAACAGAUUACUGAACAGAUUUAUUUAUAGGGUGCAAUUGAACACACAUUCUGUUCAAGUUCUAAGCUAACAUCAAAUAAUAUUUAGUAUCGCCAUUUCAUUUAUAU